AUGGACCACAUCGCUGGCUAUGCGCUGGCAAUUGAUAUGACAGCACGUGAUCUACAAGCCAAGGCCAAAAAAGCGGGGCUGCCGUGGACACACGCCAAGGGACUUGACACGUUCACACCGAUUAGCGACUUUGUUCCCAAGUCAGCGGUGCCGUCGCCCCACCAUCUAAACAUUUGGCUGAAAGUGGAUGACGAGCUUCGCCAGAAUGGCAACACGGCUGACAUGGUGCACAACAUUCCGUUCCUCAUCGCUUACGUCAGCCGCAUUAUGACCUUGGAAGAAGGCGAUCUGCUCAUUACCGGCACGCCCGAAGGCGUUGGGCCUGUGCAACCUGGCAGCGUGCUUACAGCCGGCAUUACGGGGAUCAUCGACAUGCGCUUUCCUGUCGAGUCGCGUGUAUACUGA